AUGAAUGUGAUGUAUUUCUGGUUAAUAUAUUCAUGCUUAAUUUUUGGAUCCGAAAUUUUGUGUGACAAGGAAGAUGACGAUUCUUGCUCAAUAAAUACUGAGGAUAAGUUUUAUUGUUCAAAUGGACUGUGUAUCGAAUGGUCAUGGGUUUGUGAUGGUCGUAAGGAUUGUUCAGAUGGUUCAGACGAGACCAAAGAGUUGUGUGUUCGAUAUGAGUAUGGACCAAAUAUGACCACAAAUUGCGGCAGAGCGCCUUUCAGUGACGAUGAGUUGAUCGACAAGGAUGGGGAAAAACUUCUUUUCGGAAAUAAUUUUUGGAUGGUUCGGAUAUUAGAACGAAAUGAUUUAGGUUUCUACAAUCGUACCGAUACCAAUGCCGUGAUAUGUGGAGGAUCAAUUAUUGCUCCAAAUGUAGUAAUUUCUGCGGCAAGUUGUUUUUGGAAAAAAGGAAUGUUGUCUAAGCAAAUAUCAAUAAACGUUGAUCUAUACAUAAUUUAUAUUAUGAAAUAUAAUACAGAAAUGAGUCGAAUUAAAAAUGAUAAUGACUCUGAUCGAUUAAUGGAUGUAGAAAUGAUUUACCUAAAUGAAGGUUUUAAUGGAUUGGAAGGGUUAUAUGCUAAUGAUAUUGCUGUUAUUGUGUUAAAGAACAGAGUUCCGUUUACUAAUGAUCUUGAACCUUUUUGUAUCGAUUGGAAUAGUAUAUAUAAAGUAAAGAAUAAAGAUAAAGGAAAGGUUAUUGUUCACGGCAAGCACGAUGGCACAGAAAAAAUAAUUUUAACUGUUUUUCGUUAUUUCGACUAUAAGACUUGUCGAAAAUUCUAUACAGACGAAUUUCAACGAUUUGUGACUUUUGAUAAGUUUUGUGUUGAUACUGAAUUUGAAUUGGAAUUAACAAGAAGUUCUGUAAAUGACGGAUCACCCAUAAGCUUUUUACACUUAAAUUCUUAUUAUUUAACUGGGAUACUGAGUUACAAGAAUUUAAAAACAAAAAAUUCAGGCUUAGGUUAUACAAGUAUUAAAUAUCAUGUUCAAUGGAUUCGUAGAGUAUUAAACAAACAUUUCGCAGGGAGUUCGUGCGUUUUACCGACCUUCGAAGGAGUUGUGUAUACUUAUGAAGGGUCUAAUGAAAUUUUAUCUCACGGGACAUUAGUUAAUCAUAAUCUUACUAUUAUUGAAAAUUGUGAAGAUGGAUAUCAUAAAAUGUACACAAAUAGUUCUAGGUUUUGUUUGGGAAAAGGAAAAUGGUUAUCCAAGUUUGAUAAAUUGUGUUUCAAAAUGUGCCCACCUCUAAAAUCAAAUAGUUUAGAUAUUAAAUGUAGUCAUAAUGGUAAGUAUGCUAAUUGUUCAAAUUUAUCGAUACCCAAUACAAUAGCAAUACCAUCAUGUAAGCCAACAUACAUUACACCAAAUGGACAAGAUGAUACUCCACUUGAAUUACUUUGUCAAUCUAAUGGAACGUGGAAUAAACAACUAUAUAGUUGCAAUCCUUAUUGCGGUAGAGUAUAUGUUAUAAACCAAGUAUUGAUUAACAAUGGUGAAGAAGCACUUGUUGGAACGGCCCCUUGGAAUGUUGGAAUAUACAAAUUAAAUAAAACAAAUUCCAAUCAUAACUUGAUUUGUGGAGGAUCAAUUAUUGCUCCAAAUUUAGUCGUCUCUGCUGCCCAUUGUUUUUGGCAAAAAGGUAUGUUAUCUAAGAGAAUAUCAAUAACCGACGGUCUAUACAAAAUUGCUGUUGGUAAAUAUUCUAGAGAUUUUUCAGUAAUUGACAAUGAUUUUACUCAAAUAAUUAAUGUAGAAAUUAUUUACCUGAAAGAUGGUUACUAUGGACCUGCUGGGUUUCAUGCUGAAGAUAUCGCUAUUAUUGUGUUACAAAACAGAGUUUCAUUUAGUAAUGGUGUUGCACCUGUUUGUAUCGAUUGGGAUAGUAAAUACAAUGUUAGCAGUGGAGAUCUAGGAAAGAUGGUUGGUUGGGGAAAAACUGAAAAGGGCAUUUCAAGUACUAUUUUAUUAGAAGCAUCUUUACCAUACAUCGACCAUAGUUCUUGCCGGAAUAUGUAUACAAACGGAUUUGAAUCAUUUGUGACAGUUGAUAAAUUUUGUGCCGGUUCUGCAUUGGUUUCAGGACAAGGAGCGAGUAAAGGAGAUAGCGGUGCAGGCUUGUGUUUUUUACACUCUAAUUCUUAUUAUUUAACCGGAGUAGUGAGUGUAAAGGAUCCAAACACAAAUAACUCAUUGUCUGUUUUUACAGAAGUUAAAUAUCACAUUCGAUGGAUUCGUGGACUGUAUAACAAACAUCACUAA